AUGGGAAACUGCAGCAACAGCGCAAAACCUGAUAUAGAGAUUUACCUUGGAUUUUCCAUUAUAAAUUAAUUAGAAAAUUCUAAUAGAAAAGUAUAGAAAAAUAGCAUAUCCCUCAGUCAGAAAUUUCAUACUCAGAAAUCGCAAUGCUGAAAAUCAAAGAGCGUGACUAUUCAGGACAAGUCAUAAACCACGACAAAAUAAAAUUCAAAUUGACAUCUCCAUGUCUCAACCAAACUGCCAAGUUCUUGCACAUGCCUUAUGCCUUUGACAUCACAGGAACAGUUCUACCUGGGCUUGACCCUCGAGAACUUGUUGAUAAGGAAUGCCAAGACAACCUCUUUUUUGUGGAGAAAGAAAAUACCCUCUUCGCUGCACUUUUUGACGGGCAUGGCCAAGAUGGGUUUAAAGUCACCGAAUUUUGCAAGAGGUUCAUGAAUCGGCAAUUUAAAGAAAAAUUCGAAGAUUUUAAAGUGAAGCCUAAAGAAGCGAUCAGCAAAAUAAUUGAGGAAUGCGAUGCAUCGCUCAAAGCAAAUGCUGGGGACGUAAAUUAUUUAAUAUCAGGGACCACUGCUGUUGUGCUGUUUAUAGAUGGAAAUAAUAUGUAUGUAGGGAGUGUAGGGGAUUCUCGGGCUAUUUUGGGGACUAUUCCUAAGUCUGAUGAUGAAGUGUCAAAAGCUAUAAGAACACUUAAGCCUGUUCCUUAUAAAACAGCGAUUGAGCCAAGAAGGCUGCUAAAAUCAAUAGCUCUCACUGUCGAUCAAAAGCCAAACCAUCAAGAAGAACUCGAAAGGAUUCAAAAAUCAGGCGGAAAAGUCCAGCAGUUGACAGACGACAGAGGAAUGAAAAUAGGCCCAUUUCGAGUGUGAAAAGGAAACGGAAAUAUCCCAGGCUUAGCAAUGUCAAGGUCAAUAGGUGACGGAAUUGCCAAAGACUGUGGAGUUAUUUCUACUCCAAUAGUCCACGAUUUUCAGCUGUUUCCUGAUAGAGACCAAUUCAUAGUCAUGGGCUCAGAUGGGGUAUGAGAUGUUUUUGACAACCAAGAAGCCGUGAAUUUUGUAGAGAAAUACCGCUCAGAGUGUGUGAAAACUCCUGUCAGAGAUAAUUCGUAUCCUAUCAAAGUAACUCAUAUUUAGCCUGAUAACUCAACUAUAUCUCAAUUGUUAGGGGAAGAGGCAAGAUAUAGAUGGUUUGGGGUCUGUGAGGACGAAGAUGUGAUGAUUGAUGAUAUUUCUGUGAUUGUCAUAGAAAUAAGCACCUUAGUACCGAUGUCAACGAUUGAUAUGAGUGAAACUGAGGAUAGGAGGACUGUGAGGCUUAAUAGCUUGGGAGAUAUACAAGACUCGAAGCCGAUGGUAGCAAAUAUGCUGAGGGGAGAUGCGGUAAGAGGAAGCUUUAUACCAGCAAAGGACCCAAAUGCAAAAAGGAUAAGAAUUGACCCGAAAAGAGGAUCACAUGCUGUUGUAGGGGGAGAAGAAGCUGAGGAAACUGAAGCUGUCAUCGAUGUCCCAUUUGUCGAUGAAGAGCAUAAACUGGAUUAG